GUAGUGGUUACACACGAGUUGUUACAUCCCAAAUGACUUUUUAAGGAGUACCUAGAAUUCUGUAAUAUAGUCGCACUAUGACGACACUUGCUCAAACAGGCCCCCCGAGGGCGCUGACGCUGCUCGCAGCGUCACAGCCUGAUAUGGUCCGCGCUGUUCAAAAGGAUGACUCCUACGUGGAACAAUACUUGGAGGCAACGCGCGAGGUGGUGCGGCGAUUGUUUGGGCCCUUCCGCGCGCUGCAAUAUGCCAGAGAGACCAAGCUGGUUGCGCUUCUGCUGUACCACGGCCUCACGACAGGUCUGGGUCACCAAACGCUCGGCGAGGAGUACUGCAACAUGCUGCAAGUCACAGCCUCCGGCCGCCCUCCCGAGCUGUCCCGCCGGCUGCUGCUGGCCGCGCUGCGGUCAGCGGGGCCCUAUGCGGCCGACCGCCUGGCAGGCCACCUGGACAGCGCCGCAGAGCAGUCGGAGCAGCAGCAGCAGCAGGCGGCAGCGGAGGAGGAGCAGGAGAUGAUGAGGAGCGAGGCAGCGGCGGAGGCGGAGGCAGAGGCAGCAGCAGCAGCUACAGCUGUUGGGGUAGAGGAGGAGGAGCGGCGGACAGGGCCGGGACUCGCAUCCACCUCCUCCUCCUUCGCCGCCGCUGCAGAACAGCAACAGCGACGAAGAGGCGGCGGGAGAGGUGGAAGGGGUGGUGGAGGUUGGUUGCGGUUGCUGGUCGCUGCGAUCGCGGCUAGGUGGGCCCGAUGCUGGCGAGCGCUGGUGGUAGCAUGGCCGAGGGUACGACCCCUGUUGUCGUACGCUGGUCGGUUGCACUUGGCGCUGUUUUAUGUGUACGGCAGCUACUACAGCCUGCCUCACCGGCUGACGGGGGUGCGCUACAGCCUCUCCAUGCGGCCGCUGCAGGGGCGGCCCUCCUACCGGAUUCUCGGGCUCCUCCUCGGGCUACAACUGGCGGUGGCGGCAGCAGCCAAGGCGCGUACGGCGUUACGCAAGCUGCGCCUCGCUGCGGCCGCUAGCGGCGCCGCCAAACGCCGUAGAGCAGCAGCAGCAGCCGGAGAUGGGCAGCUAGAGGAGGAGGAGGAGGAGGAGGUUGGGGUUGCGGAGGUGGAGCGGUAUGCGGGUGAAGACGAACCCGCGGUGUUUUUGGAAGAUGAUGAGGAUGAUGAGGACGAGGAGGAGGUGGAGGAGGAGGACGUGUCGUACGACAAUGAUGAUGGCCAUGCAGGGGUGAUGCCGUACAAAGGAUUGGAAGGCGAGGGUGAGGGGAGAGAUGUGAUGACUGGCGGUGGUGGUGGCGGUGGCUGGGAGGAGGAUGUGUUUGGCAGCACAACAACAGCUACGGCAGCAACAGCAACAACACAGCCCAGCGGUGGUGCGACGACUCCUGCAGCUGCUACCGCUGCUGCCGGGACUGCACUCACGCGGGGGCACCAGCAGCGGCGAGGCAGGCGGGCACCCCGCUGCGGCGGUGCCUCCGGGGUGCUGCCUCUGCGCACCUCGCAGCGGCAGUGCCCGCUGUGCCUGUCGCCCAAGAGCCACCCCGCCAGCACGCCGUGCGGGCACACCUUCUGCUGGGGCUGCAUCACCACAUGGUGCACUGAGAAGCCCGAGUGCCCGCUGUGCCGUGCAGCAGUGGCGCUGCCGCAGCUGGUGCCGCUGUACCACACCAACUGCUAGGGGGGUC